UUAUUAUAUGUUGAGAUGGAUUUAUACCCAAUAAUCAAGUUUUUGGUUUCCUUUUCCAGUGAAUGCCGCUCGAAAAGGGAAAUGCCGUGUCUUUAUCCACAUGCUAUGGGCAUAUUGAAAGCACUUAAGGAUAAAGGAAUAAACAUAGCAAUUGCUUCUCGAUCACCAACACCUGAUAUAGCGAAAACAUUUCUUGAUAAAUUGGGCAUUCAAUCUAUGUUUGUGGCCCAGGAAAUAUUUUCUAGUUGGACUCACAAGACAGAGCAUUUUCAGAGGAUCCAUAGGAGGACUGGUGUUACUUUUAAGUCCAUGCUCUUCUUUGAUGACGAGGGCAGGAAUAUUGAAGCGGUAUCAAAGAUGGGAGUGACAAGUAUUUUGGUGGAUAAUGGGGUAAACCUUGAGAAAUUGAGGUCAGGACUCAGAAAAUUUGCACAUGCUUCUGUAUCAUGCAACAGGAAGCAAGUGGAGUAAUCUGUUUUAGUCAAAGAUAGUUUCAGGUGCAGAAUUAUCAUUUGCUACAUGAACUUUCAUGCUACAAUCCAUGAUGUCAGCCUGCUUUAUAAGCAAGUACUGAAGUUCUAUUUUCAUUAUAUGUUUCAAGAACAUGUUGAAUUUCAAAUCAUACAUUUACAUGAACUGAUUCAAGUUAUAUAAUGAUGGCCCUGCAAAUCUCAUGUA